UGAGUAAGCGCGCAACCUUGAUAUAUAAAGAGGGAAAUGGCUACAUCGUUGCUUUCAUACUGAUCGUAUACAUCUCGAUCGUGGCAAGUCUUCGACAUUUUACAACCUUAUAAUAUUUUAGUAUCGGUUUGGAGUAGCUUGAUUCCCUUAACGUGGUAUUAGUUUGCGAUGGCGAAGAGAAAUAGAAACUUGGUUUCGAGCAUCAUGGCAUCCCAAGUCUCUGGAAAAUGCAUUAGAACAAACAUGGUAGGUUCGAUUCUUCUGUCAGAUUCGAAUUUGAGAGGUGAUUCGGUGCUGAUAUUCUCGUUUCGUUCUUCCAGCUUCCUAAAGAUUUCAUAGAAGAUGUGGAUCGCCGUUUGAAUUUUAAGGAGAUACCUGUUAUUUUGGCGAAAUUAGAACGACAUAGCAGUCUCCAGAGGUUUAAUUUCUCGAAGUGUAUGAGAUACAUUGAGGUAGGGGUUCGAUUUUACACCGUAAUUCAUUGAGCUAAGGGAUUAUUUCUACUGCUCAUUACACUAGCUAAAUUGCGUUGUAAAUAUAUAUUCUGUUUCUCGAUAUCAGUCAAUCUAUUCGAGCUUGUUAAGAAACGACAUCACAAAUGCAAUUGUUUGUGUAGUGACUUUGACGUGGUUACUCUAUUAAGGUCUUCGAUUUGACUGUGAAGUGUUUUUCUCUCUCAAAAUCCACAAUAUUUCUGUCUUAGGAACUUUCACACUUCUUCACGGAGACGAUGAGUGUAUCAGAGAUGUUUUACAGCGAAAACGAACUUCCAGUUUAUACGAAGGAGAGAGCUCGAAUUGGUCAAGUUUUAAAUUUAUUCGGUGGAGUGGAGGUAAGCCAUGUUGUGAAUCUGUUUUGUUUAUUUCAACUUUGAAGUCAGUCGAUUUUGUCUACUACUCGUUCAGAAGGAUUUUCAUAGUAGAAGUAUUUGGUAGGCUAUGCAAAAAAUGUACUCCACUAUCACUGUUUUAGAAGUCGAUUAACACGCUGUGUUUCCGAAAGAUUUCAACACCAUUUUAAAAUAUUUGAAGCACUCGAAGGUGCUAAAAAUGCGAACAGGAUUUUAUUCAUUAUUCGACGAGAGUUCAUCGAGAAAGUCGCCUUCUAUCUGUAUUUGGGAAUCACCCUUGUGAAAUAUGUUCUCGAAUUAGACACAUUACUAAGAACCCUUAACCGGGUCAAACUAGUAGGAUUUUUCCGUUUCAGUGCCCGUAGCUGGUAUUGUAGAGCUCUUUCAGGAAGAAUUUUCAGUCUUGAACAGCUGUUGUGGGCAUAUUUGUCUCUUGUUCCUUGUUGUUUUUGUUCGAAAUAGCGUUCAAUUUUUGCUUCCUGUUUCAAGGUGGUGUCAAUGGGUCAGACUAAAUGUCUUACGCCUACUUCCGGUUUAGUUUCUUUAUUGUGAGAUCAACCGUGCUCACUAAAACCUUAUACAGCUGUUCAGCCGCUUGUUACUUAGUCUUUACUUUGUUUUUGACAGAUUGUGGUGCAAAUCCUUUUUUAUCCUGUUACUUAUGGCUUCAAGCUUUGCAAGUUGAAACCAUCAAGUAAGCUAACUAAAUGUAUAUAGUAGAUAUUUCGAUUAUCCAAGUAAUAUUGAUGCUUUUAAGAAUUGCUUCCAAACUUAUGUUGGACCCAUGUCUGAGUUGCUUUUAGACUUUUGUCUUUACUUUUUGUCGUCAUUGUUGUUUUUCACAUAUCGUGACCCUAUCAUGUGAUUUGAAUAAACAAGAAUUAAGGAAUAAUUCACGCAAGAUCUGACUUGAAGAGUUGUGCAAGUGUUUAUAGAAAUGUUUUGUUCCUGAUCACGUAGGACUGCAGCAAACAGAAUUGUACCUAGGAUGUCUUGAUUUCAUCCAUAACAUUUGUCUAGUGGUAAGUACAAUUCUUCAAAGUCCUUCAAAGUGUUUUUGUGUUUAUCUGCUUUGAAUACCAUGAUCAACACCAUAUUUUACUAAACCUAUAAAUACGUCAGCAAUGAUACUGAAAUCAAGUUUGUUCUUGACAAAUCACCAGAUUUUUACAAAGCGUCAUAAAGAUUUUCAUGGCAGCCUGGGGACACAUGUAAUAUAACCAUCAAGUUGUAUUAGAUUUUAAUGCAUUGUUUUCCUUGCCUUUUUCCUUGAACAGGUUGAUGGAGUUGCUGUUAAUUUAGCAAAGAGAAAUGAAUUGAUUAGUCAUUUGUUCACUCUCCUGGAACAAAAGAAAACUUUUUCGUGAGUCUUAUUUCAUUUACUUAAUAAUAUUAUUAUUAAUGUUAUUUUUCAUUAUUAAUAUUAAUGAAGGGUAAUUCAGUUCAUAGACUCAAACUUUUUCUAGUCUUUUUUCCUUUUUUUUUUUUUUUUUUUUUUUUCCAGGUUUUCUUUUAUUAUUUAUUUUUUGGGUUAUAAUUUUUUUUCUUUUAUUUUGCAGCCGUGCCUUGGUAGUAUUAGAAGAUCUUUUUGGUUCCAGAAAAGAAAUUAUCGAUUUAGACAGGAUUGGUAUGUUAACUCUAAAAAAUUUUCCUCAAUAAAUAGACACCAUCUUAGUUGGUCAUUGGUAUAAUUAUAGUUGUUGCUAGAACUCCUAUAAAUUUAUAUUGUUUUAUUUUUCCUUUUUUUCAGUAAAUAUGAGAAAACUGAUAAACAUCUUAGAUCAGAAACAACUGGGGAACUUUUGUCGUGUUUUGUCAUUUACCUUGUCAGAUUUGGAAUCUGUAGAGGAGAGAAGUACAUGUGAGUAUUGUUAUUAAAUUCAUUCCUCAAGGCUGGUUUGAAACAUUUCCUGUAUAGCCAUUUCCAAUUAGUCAAGCAUCUUAUGUCUAUUGUAAUUAAACACAAUUGAUAACCAACAUUGCGUACUUCUGAUAGUGCUUGCCCAGGAUGAAGUUGACAGAAAGGGAAUGUCACAGAAGGAUGUUGCAGAUAACAAUCAAGGUAAUUUUUUUCUAUUUUCUAGCUGUAAAUUUUUAACUUUUGAUCAAACAUAUGAAGCAAUUAGAUUAUAAGUUCAUAAGUAAGAGCAAGACAGGCUGAUGUUUUAAAGUUAUUUUGUUUGAAAAUGUACUGUGCAAGUCUUUUCACUUUAUAAAUUAUCAAUCACAGAAAAGACAGUACAUAGGGUAGCCAAUUAAAUGACUGUAUUAGUGAUGGAAAGCUAUUAGGCUAUCAGACUAUCACUUGGAAAUAAAAAGAGUUAUUAAAACUAUCAUAACUAUGUCAUUGCUGGUUGAAAUAUAAAUUUGACUUUAUUUCAGGUUUUGGGGAGUAAAGUUAAGUUUUAUAUUUAUGUUUCUGCUGCAGCAACACUCAUAGGUUUAAAGGAAUUUCUUCCAAGGAUAGUGAGAUUAGCAUGUCAGCCAAUGGGUAAGAUUUCAUGUUUUUUCAUGAUUUUUGAUAAAUUUUUAUCAACAAUUAGAAAACAAAUAUAUUUUGAAUAUAUUUUUCAAAUAUAUUUUUCAAAUAUAUUUUUCAAAUAUAUUUUUCAAAUAUGUUUUUCAAAUACCUCACUGAGAUAAUCCUGUUCACAUGAGAUUAAUUUUCAUUUUUUGUAGUAGAGAGAUCCUCCAAUUUCCUGGAUAUGGUGGAUUUCCAAACAUUCUUACAAGAUGUCUUUAUGUCAGAAGGGCUUGAUUUAGGUAAGGAAUCUCAAUAUUUAGCAUAUAUUCUCUGUUUAAAAACUGAGAUUCUCUUUCAAUGCAAGUUUCAUCCAAGUUUUCUUGCUGUGGAUCAAGCCCUGUAUGCAACCAUUACCAUAAUUUCACUGACAUGGUUGAUUUUCUUCUCCGUGCAGAAUCAGAUGAGCACGAAUCAUUAGGGCAUAGAACACUACGAUCUUCCUUUAGCCAUAUACAAGGUCACAUACAUGAGGUUUGUAUAAUGUCAAUUUUUACAGUAACAUAUGUGGUGUUCAGUUGCACAGACAAGACAUGUAACCUUUUUAUAAUUGCUUAAGAUAUGCUAUUGAUGACAAAUUCCAGUUAAAUUCUAAUGUCCAACAUGAUUGACUGGAAAGCUUAUGAAGAGCUGGUUAAGUUGUUUUCAUUUUUCUUUAAAUUGUGGUAUUGUUUUUCUUACAUUUUUAGGUGAUGCACAAAGUGGAGGUCUUCUAUGUUCUCUGUUUGUUUUUGACUGGAAAGCACAAGUUGAUUGUAAGUUGAAAUUUUCGUUAUAGCAAAAGUUUUAAGGUAGACAGACAGUUGACAGAGUUUCAUUCAAAGAACUGAGCACCGAGAUACCUUUAUGAUCUUAAAAUAGAAGUUGACAGUUUACAUACAGUCUGGUACAGAGAGUAAUCCUUCAUUGCAGGGAUAUUAAUUUCUCUUUCAUUAUUUUAUCUUAUAAUUAUUUAUUUAUUUUCAAUCUUUGCUACAGGUUCAGAAGAAGCUGUCAGAAAUGAGACUGAUUCCUGGAAUGAGCCAGUUAUUUGACAAAAUGUCAUGGCUGAACGAAACAGAAAGAAUGUAAGCAUAUGUACUAUGCUUUUAACCCUUUAACUAAGUGAUGAGAAUAUAGAAAAAUAUCAGUCAGGGGAAUAUAAGCUGAUCCAAUACCAAAUUCUCCAAACUAGUAACAUAAGAACUGUAAGGCAGACAGUAAGGAGAAUUACUAAUGAGAUCUUGGGAGUUAAAGGGUCGACUUUUUUACUUUUUUGAGUGUACUUGAAGACAUAACUGACAUUGCACAAAAACUUUAUCAGAAUUCAAAUCAUGUUUGAUGUAACUCUGUAUCAAUUGGUGAAUGGGUUGGUCUUAUUUUUAUUUUGUGGUAGAAAAUCUUAAUUUAUAUUUCACUAAGGAACAUGUAAGUACCAGGUACAGUUAAAAGAGGCCAAAAAAGCUCAUUUAAAUGAUGCAAUGUUCCUCAUUCUCUAGGAAUCAAGAUUUAAUGGACUUAGAGAUUGCAGAUCAUGAGUGUACACCGGUAAGACCACAAUUUGCUAUUAAUUUUUAGAUGUUAUUGACAAAAUGACAUAAAUGUUAAAACACAUUUUUAUUGAUUUCUUUUGUCCAUGAGUCUGACGUUCUCAUUGGUUCAACAUAUUUCAGCAAACCGCAUUGAAGAUUCAGUUCCUACGACUAGUUCACAGUUUCUGUGACAGACAUGAGUAAGUUUAUUUUGUUUUCUUACAAAAGGCAGUUUUAUGAGUAGUAUUUGUUUAUCUUUAAUUCAAAAUUGACCUUUUUUGUCUUUUUGUAGGAAUAAGCAUCUUCUUUUAACGCCUAGGGAAGUUGAUGAACUUCAAGAGUUAUAUGGUGAGUUGGGCUUCCAAGAUGACAGUUAAUUCUCUUUACUACAGCCAAGUGUUUCUUUAAUUAAAUGAUUUUAGCUUUGAGGUUUUGGUGUUGGGUCAAACCAUACCCACAAUUGAUAUUUCUUGUUUUCUCAUCACCUUUCUGCACAACUAUUUACUGAUGUUGUAAGGAAUAAUAACUUAUUGGUCAUCUGUUAGAAUGAAUGGUUUGGAGAAAUUUAACCAUAAAGAACUGUAGUAUGACUGUGCAUGACAUUUUUUUUCUUUUCUUUCUUGUUUUCUCAGUUCAAAAUGACCUUGAACUCCCUGAGAGUUUGACAAACACUAACAGGUUUGUGAUUUUUUUAAAUUUUUUGUCUAAAGAUUAAAUUUAUACAUUUAGGAUGAUGUUUUGAUUUGUUGGUUGGGUGUCCUUUUCGAAGAAGAAGCUAAUUAAUUAUACAGUUUUUCUUUCUCUUUGGUCAUCAGCUAUUAACAACUAUUAAUAUUUUUAAUCUUACAGAAAAUUGUGUUGUACUGGAGAAAAAGGACUUCUCUCAAAAAUUCUAGAAACACUGAUCAGAUGUCCCCCUACUGCUCCACUUAGGUAAGUUAGCCUUUGAUCCCUUAGGGUAAUAAGCUUCAAAUUUCUCCUUACAAUGUCACCUCUGAAUCACACGAGAAUAAAGGAAAGGAUAACUUAAGAAGUUGUUGAUCAUUAUACAAAUUCCCCUUGUGGCACCUUAGGAAAAAUAAUGAGAACAGUAUGAAAAAUAUGGCUACUGAUCAUAGCGAACUUGUAGGUCUAUGGUUUGGUUCCUCUUUAAUUCAAAAUUUUACCAUCUUUCCUCUUCUAUGUACUGUUUAUUUUCCUGUUCAGGUUCACACUGCCAGCGAAAUCAAGUUGCCUGUUCAGGGCGUGAAAUUAACUUUUUUUUCUGAUAGCCACUUGGCUCCUAAAUUCUACAAAGUGGUAACCAAUUCAAAAAAGUUGAUCGCCAUUUUCAAAGACAAACAAAAUCUUUCUUUACGCUGUCAGCGUUCUAGAUAGACCCUCCAAAAUUAAGUUAGGGAAAAGAUCUUUAACGUGCUACAAAGUGGACACUAGGAUGUAUGAUAUACAACGUUCAGGCUCAUCUAAAUCCAAGAUGGCGUCUAGUUAUCGAUCGGGAUGCAUGUGCUACGUUUCGGAAACAAACUUAACGAGGAAGUUUGCCGCGGAUUUAUCUUUGCAAAUUUAUUUAAUUCACUAUAUCUCUUAGUAAGGUUAUGAUGAAACGUUGUAGUCGCCAAUUUGGCGACUAACUUUCAGGAUUUGGUCGCCAAAGUGAAAAAUUUAUUCGCGUUGGCGCCUGUAUUAGGCGCAAUUUCACGCCCUGCUGUUAGAUUCAUCUAACUUCUAUGUCAAAUUUUCCCUUAGAUUUUGGCUGUCAAGAGCAAUUGAGGGAUUUCUUCGUGGCAGAGCAUCAGUUGGCGAUCAGCUGUUUCUCAUCAAAAGAGGCCUUCUUGAGGUAAGUUUUUUCCCUGAUUAAUCUCAUUGACAACAUAUGAAAGUACCCAAGAGCUGGUUAACCCUUUAACCCCUAAAAGUGACUAGCAUCUAAUUUCUCCUUAGAACCACCCCUCAAUGAAACAUUAAGGUCAUGAGAAUAAAGGAAAUGAUCACCAAUGUUUGUCAUAAUUUUAAGGAAAUAAUUCAAUAUUCUUCCCUUUUCAGCACCUUGUUGAUCACAUCACAAGUGAGGAACUGAAACCAAAAGAGAUUCUUCAAAGUAGCUUUGAUCUUCUGGGAGAGUUAAUGAAGUUUAAUCAAUUUGCCUUCAUAAGAUUUGAUCAGGCAAUCAGUACAAAACAGGUGAGUAAACUUGUGAUUAAUUUUGAUAAAUGAAAACAGUUUUUCUGCUAAUUUUUUUUGUUGUUUAUCUAUAAUUUUUUUGGUGUGUGAGGUGGUUUUAUUUGUGAACAUUUUUAAAUUGAAGGUAAAUAGGUUGAUGUUAUUUUGUCACUUUUACAGUUUUUAGUCCAUCAUUAAUUUUUACUUUAUUGAUUUGCAGUUUGAGAAGUUUGUGGGCAUCUUGACAUCAAAUGUUGUGGAUUCCAACAUGUUGAUUCGCUGUUUGGUGCUUUCUCAGGAACAUUUUUUGUCAAGUCCUUUGGCAGGUAAAGCUCAGAAUUUUUUAUACCCUGGUCAAAACUGUUUCAUUCUUACAAUUAAUCACUGAGUUGUUGGUGACUCAUGUUUUCAUUGUAUUCCUCUCUUUACAAAAGAUUUUACAGCUGGAGCUUUCAAGCUUGGCUCACUUAUUAGCAACUGGGAACAGAUGAUCUUCCUUCUCUACAAGUUGAUCAACUCCAUUACCGUGGGAACACUGACACAAGUAAGUGUUUUUGAGAUAAGUUCAAGUGACAGAUAUUGUUGUUUUCACAAAUCAAUUAUACUUGAAACAAUGUCCUGACUCCAAAAUGGCUGAGUUAUAAUGAAACAAAAUUGAUAUGAUGAAAUUUUGUUUCACCAAAAACUAAAGACUAAACUGCUUGUACAGUUCAAUCUUACCUUGAUCAUUUUUAUGUUGUGAAGCUUUGCUGUUCUUAGAACUGAGGCACCUUGAGUUAUGGAUAGAGCAAGAUUGAUAACAGACUUAUCAAUCAUCAUUUGUUUUCCUUCUCUCUCAGGAAAAUGUGAGCUGCCUCAACACAACCCUUGUUUUCUUGAUGUUUGCACACAGACAUGGGAAACUUCCAGCAUAUCUUAUGGUAAGUCAGUUGAUCAAAUUUUCUGUUGGGUGAUUGAUACUUUUGUGCAGAAUAUGUAAUUAAAAUAUUCUUUCUUUUUAAAGCUUUUGCACCCUAACAUCAGUGUGCAUAUUCUCCAUACUAUUUUUCUUUACAUUUUUUAUUUACCUGAUAAGGAGAAUUUUUUUGGCAGUCAAGAGGUCCUUUAAUUGGUGAUCACAUCUUAUAUUCUCAUGAUCUUAAUGUUUGACUAUUAUAAGGAGAAACUGGAGUUAGAGUUCUCAAUUUGUUGGAGCCAGAGUUCUCCCAAUUUAUUCACUUGAAAAAUGUUUAAGUUCACUCAGUUCAUUCAAUAUGUUGCUGUGGUCAUUCAGCCCCUCAGACAGCAUUGAAAUUGCUUUUGAUUGAAAAUAACUUUUCUCUUCAUGUCAAUAUUUUAUUGUAAAAAGUUAAAUGUUGCCUUUUUUUGCAGGCCUUUGUUAGAGAAGAGAACAUUCAGAAGAAUCCAGGAUUUAUUCUGACAAACUUAAGGUUGGUUUUGUGUCAUUCGCUGUAGUAAUCAGUGGCUGUUGGUUAUAAAUCAGCUUAAGGAGAAGACACAUGUUUUGUUAUCUACCUGAGUAUUGAUACGAAAAGAUAACUUUUUCCUAACAGAGUAAUUUGUGUUUUUUAAAGAUAAUAUGACAUUUUAAAUGCAAAGAAAAGUGAUUUUAAUGGUAAAUUCUGAACCCUUGCUCAGGAGAAACUUCUUUAAGAACAGUUUUUACUGAAAGGCUGCUAAAAAUGAGAAAAGCAAAAUUAUUUUUAAUGAACAAGAGAGUAAUGUUGUUUGUUGGGAUUUUUGUAGACUCCUUUUGGAAUUCUGGAAGACACACUACUUGAAAAGAGGAAAGGAUUGUUCAGCUCUAGAACAGGUGAGAUUUUUGCUUUUAUUUUGGCUAUGUUACUACCUUGUGUUAUGUUUAGGUGAUAUUUUUAUUGAAUGGCCUGCAUGGUGAAUUAUUGUACGCAAAUGCUAAUUUUUUUUAUUUGCUCUUAAAUUCUGCGUGUGAAUUUUACUUGUUAAGUAUAGAGGAAACUUUUUUAAUAAUUUUAGAAAUGUUCAGCUGAAAUUUUAUGUUAAGAAAAGAGAGAUCUUUUUCCACUGUUUUUAGAAUUCUGUGUUAGCAUGUACUAGCAUGCAUGACUUAAUUUAAAAUUCUCUUCUUUUUAGAGUUCCUGUAUCAGCUUUGAUCAUUGGAAACAAGUUGUUGAUGUUCUCUUGUCAGACUCAAGUUACAGCACAUCAGUCCUUCAUUACCUACCAUCAUCUUGCAUGAGGGGUUCAUAACAGACAGCUGUCAAUCAGAAUGUAACAAAUUUGCAAAAUACACCAAAUAAAGCCUAUCAGUUAUAAAAUGGGCUUUCAAGCAGGUCUUGAUAGUUUAAAGCAGAAUAGAUUUUCUCUAUAUGGCAGGAAUUGUAAUUUUAUUCCCCCAUUUUUAAUCACAGAAUGGAUUGUGAUGAUGAAGGUCUUUCAAAAAGAAAUUUAUAUUGUGAUAUACAAAGCAUUAAAAAUAUUAGGUCAGUACCAACCAAAAAAAAAACAGAAAAACAGGAAGGUUUUGAAUGUUCUUGUCAGUAAAUUAUUGUGUAACAUGGAAGAUUUGUGUGCAUUGCUCAAUCAUGCUCAAGAAAGAAAGGUGUGUUAAUACAUUUUAUAGGUUUUGGGAAUGCAUAUUGGUUUUUUGUGAAAGAAAUGUGUCAUUUGAAUGGACAAAUUGCUUGUGAAAAAGAGAUUUUUGAGUGGUGUUUUGUAAAAUCACUCACUGUCAGGCCAGUUGUAAAACAGACUUUAGUGUUGUAAUGGUCAAUGAAUAUACAAUGGUUUUGUUUCUAUCUUAGUAUGGCAUAUGACUCGUUUAUUCAAGUUACAGGCUGUAGAUAAGUGCUUUUAAGAACAUUUUACAUUUCUAGAACAACUGAAAAAUAUGUUGGGCUAGAAAUUUGCUGUGAAAAAAUAUCAAAAUGUAGGGUUACCCUUCAUUACCAAUCCCUGAGGGGUUUGAAUUUUUUAUCAUUGGUUUAUGAUGGUUAUGAAGGUAGCUAGAGGUAGCAUUUAUAAUAGUGUAUUUAUUGUUACAUUAUUGCAAUGUAUGAUAAACAAUCUUAGUCUUGUAAAAUAUUAAAUUAUUUUUAUGAAUUAUUUUUUGUAAGACUUGUACAUUCGGCUAGAAAUUUUAAUAAAUGUCUAAUCACUGGUGC